CGACUCUGGCGCUCCCUUCCUUUGGGACGUAGCGCUGCCCUGGGACCUCGGCUCCCGACGGGUGCUGCUGGCAGCCGGGAGCAGUGCGUUCUUUGGCGACUCCGCGGCGCUGAGAAUUCAUUGUAUGGAAGGCAUUGUGCUGAGUAAUGGCUAAUGUACAAGGUGAAUACCAUGAAGGGGAAAACUGAGUGAAGUGGACUUGAGGGAAACAAUAGCUGUUUUGGCUGAUACUUGAGAUGCCUGUUAUACUUCAUGUGGAGGUGAUAGGAAACCCAGGAGCUUUCAAAAGAAGUCUUUUAUUCUCUGCCUUGUCUUAUUUGGGUUUUGAAGCUUAUCAAGUCAUUUCCCAGGCUGCUGUGGUUCAUGCUGCAGCCAAAGUCUUCAGAGUUGAAGAAAUCCUUGAACAAGCAGACUACCUAUAUGAAAGUGGAGAAACAGAAAAACUUUACCAGUUGCUAUCCCAGUACAAGGAAAGUGAAGAUGCAGAGUUAUUGUGGCGUUUGGCACGGGCAUCACGUGAUAAAGCUCAACUCAGUGGAACCUCAGAAGAGGAGAAAAAACUCUUGUUGUAUGAAGCCCUAGAGUAUGCAAAAAGGGCACUAGAAAAAAAUGAAUCAAGUUUUGCAGCUCAUAAGUGGUAUGCAAUCUGUAUUAGCGAUGUUGGAGAUUAUGAAGGAAUCAGGGCUAAAAUUGCGAAUGCCUACGUGAUCAAGGAGCAUUUUGAGAAAGCAAUUGAACUCAACCCUAAAGAUGCUACCGCAAUUCACCUUAUGGGUAUUUGGUGUUACACAUUUGCUGAAAUGCCUUGGUAUCAAAGAAGAAUUGCUAAAAUGCUGUUUGCAACUCCUCCUAGUUCCACCUAUGAGGAGGCCUUAGGCUACUUUCACAGGGCAGAGCAAGUGGAUCCAAACUUCUAUAGCAAAAACUUGCUCCUUCUAGGAAAGACAUAUUUGAAGCUACACAACAAAAAGCUUGCUGCUUUCUGGCUAACAAAAGCCAAGGACUAUCCAGCGCACACAGAGGAGGAUAAACAGAUACAGACAGAAGCUGCUCAGUUGCUUACAGGUUUCAGUGACAAGAACUGAGAAUUUUUCAGUGAAAUAUCUAAGAAGCAGUGCCUUUUCAUCAAAUUAUAAAGAUAAUAAAUACAUUAACUAUA